UUAGAGACAGGUCAGGGUGGUGACUUUCCAGGUAGGCUACACAAAGGAGGUCACAAUGUGUACUUUAUGAUGGGCUCUGUAACACAUCUGGGAUGAUACUGAGAUAAUCCUUCACAUAUGGGUCCCAUAUGUUGGGACCCAACAUGUGCUGUCUUUCUGCCCUGGCAUCUUUUUGUUGUUCAUUAUGAGCUUCUUCAGUUAAGCACCCCAUAUUCAGAGCCAGUUUUUUAAAGCUCUAUACUUUACUUUUUUGUUAUUCUAACUAAAGUUUUGAGGGUCUCCUCUUGAGUGAUAUAGGAAUUGUCUCCCCCAGUAUCUUCCAUCUCAGCCCAGUCAGCAUGCUUUUUGGGCAUGAGCAAAAAGGGCGGCAGGGUAUAAGAGACUGGAGGGAUGUGGAGCAUAGAGGGUUGGGGAGCUGUGGAGGACAACAGGACAAAAGGAAGCUGGUGCCUUCUGUGGCCUCAGCCACACAACCUUCCAGGUAGAGAAGCCAGUCUGCUGCCUGCCACAUGAGCCAUUGCCUGAGCCAGACAUGAAGCACUGGUGGAAGAUUUUUGUCCUGUGGCUCUUUGGGGAGCCCAUCUUGUGGCUGAUGGCCUCCUACCUGGAUCUGACCCCUGAAUCAGCACGCCAAGAAAAACAGAUGUACUUGGUCCCAAGGCAUCACUACUACAGUUUGUUCAAAUUUGGGUUAUAUGGCUGUCCUUCUGUAACCUGCAACUGCUCCUCCAGUAACCACAGAGUCUCUGCCCAGGGCUUUGAGACACCUAUGGGGAACCAAACCACAGGACUCUUCCUUUGUCCCAAGAAUGCCAGUGACCAAGGCUCCUGGAUGCAGCAGCUGCUUCAGCUUUCUAAUCUGGCGUGAACUUCAGAUGCUCUGAGUGACAAGGUGAUGGAAGAAUUGUUCCUAGAUAUUCUGUGA